AUGUCAGGAGUGGAAGCCGCCGGUCUCGUUCUCGGCGCCAUUCCUCUCAUCAUAUCCGCCCUCGAGCACUACGAGGAUGUCGCUGCUCCCACAGUGGCAUUCAUGCAUUGGAAACGAUAUCUGCGCAGGUUGGUCCAGGAGCUCUACAUAAUACGCGCCUCUUACGAUCAAGCCAUUCAACUCCUUCUGGCCCCCAUUUCCGACCUCUCGAACCGAACCUUGAUGAUGGAAGAUCCGCGAAGCCGAUUGUGGAGGGAGGGAGACAUCGCCAACAGUCUACGCGAUAGAUUAGGUGCGGUGUACGACCCAUUUAUACUUACUAUUGAUGAAAUAGAAGAGAUUCUGGUUGACAUAGUCUCUUCACUCAAUAUCCCUGGGUCGCAGCAGGUUGUCACAAGUCGCACCCUCUGGCCCGUCGUCUCUUCUAAUUUACCGAUCGCGAGCACUCCUAAUCUUCGUAUGAACUUUGAAUUCAGACAGAGGAUCAAAUUUACAAUGAAGAAGAAUCGUGUCAAAACCUCACUAGAGCGCCUGGAGGCAUGUACCAGCAGAAUCGAUGCCUGGGUCGCAAGAGCCGACAAGCUGCAGGAGGAAACUCCACAAAAUCGUCUGAAGCUGAAGUUUUCUGCAUCGCUAGACACCAUUCAAGAGAACGCCAGCAAGAUAUAUCGGGCAAUUUCGCGAAACUGGUGCACCGACAAGCCAGUCCAUGUCGCUCGCCUCCUACUCGAGCAACGCCUAGUGAGGUCCAAAAAGCGCAAGAGACCCUCACAACCAGCAAGUGUGAACGUGGUUGCGCAGGCAAGUUGCUUCGGGCUGAGUCUCCACGGAGACUGCUGCGCGUCCUCUGGGUGGUUGAAUUCGGAAAUCAGGAUUGACGAACUUCCGUCGAGCCAGACGACUAUUCGUGUGACCAUAUCGGUCCCCGGGACAGCCGCCGACGAGCCAAUAAGUCUGCAAAGCAUUACAAACUUUUGCAAAAUCAUCAGGGAACCCAUUCAUCCAUUUGUGGGGUUUUCCCUGGAUGAUAUGGGAUGUUUGAAAUCAUACUCGUCAAAGGCGACUGUCGAGCAUGUUCAACAAUCCCUGUCUCUUGAGGAUCUCCUGCCGCGGUUCAAGGACAAACUCCCGUACGAAUCAGUGUACGGACUCGCCAUCACCUUGGUUGCCUCGAUUUUGCAGCUCAGCCAGACUCCCUGGCUGGAAUCGAAAUGGAGUAAGAAAUGCAUCUUGUUUUCGAGGGCCAGCGACAACCUGCCGUUGUCUGUUGACCUAAAAUAUCCCUAUCUAGCCAACUCUUUUCAUUGUGGUGAGUUGGGUCCUUAUCUCAAGUUCUCAAGCAUUGCAGCUGAAUCAGGCAAUCCGGCAGCUGGACAUCAAAGACCCGAUGAUGCACCUGAAACCAAUUCGAAUUUACUUACCUUGGCAAUCAUGCUGCUUGAGAUCAAUUCAGGGCAGCCUGUGGAGCAGAGACGGCGAGAUGCUCAAAUGGCGACCACGCAAAGACGUCCAGACGGUCAAACGGCCAACACGCAGUCCAACGAGCACUCAGACCUCCAGCUAGCGGACAAAUGGCUGAAGGAGGAAAAGUCUCGCGGAAGGAUAUCCUGCGCGUUCUCUCAGGCUAUUCUGACGUGCUUACAAGACUACCUCAACCCCGACGCCAGUUUCGCGGACGAAGCCUACUGUGCCGCUUUCAAAGAGAAGGCACUGGUGCCGCUUGAAGAGGAGAUGGAGUGCCUCCUUUACGGACCUCCAAGGUAA